UCUCCCUGCUCCCAAUCUCCCCGCCGCCGCCACCUCCUCCCCGUACCCGCGCCCCUCCCGAUCUCGCCGUCCUCUCCCACCCACCGCCGACCUCGCCGUCCUCCUCACCCACCGCCGCCAACCACGUCCCUCCAUCCCCGCAUCUCCGGGCCUUGCAGCGGGCCGCCCCGAUGCCAAGUCCCUCCUCGCUGUUCCUGCGCCGCCGCUGCUCCAAUCCAACCCCGAUUCGAUUCCGGCCGCUGCCACCCUCUCCUUUCCUCUCCUCUACGGACCACUACGAGCGGCGAUGCGCGGAGGGCGCUCGGGGGGAGGUAGUGGGGGGCUGCGGAACCCCUGCCUGACGAUGCACCAGUCAUGGGCAUCGCUGCCGGUGCACGGCACAAAGCGCGUGGAGGGCCGCUCCUGGCCGUCACCGGUCAUCGGCUGCCCUGGAUCCACGCCGCCUCCAAGGUGCCUGACCCCGACACCGUCGCCGCCAUGGAGGACUUCUACCGGGAGAUCUACGCCAUCGACGGGGUCCACCACAUCGACUUCCCAGAGCACUACCCCGUCUCCUGCCUCCUCGGAUGCUUCGAGGUGGUCGGCUGCGUCCAGUCUGCUGGGAGGAUGUGCCUCAAUCAUAGCGGCAUGGGCGAGUUGAGGUGGGGGACAGAGAGGUUGUGUCGUGCGGGUUCUGAUCAAGCUUUAGCAGCACACUUUCUAGUGUUGAUCUGAGCAAAGGA